UGCUGGAGGGAGGAGACAGAGAAAGGAUUGUAUAAAAGGGACAGAAGAGCAAAAGCACACAGAGCACAAACUGUACAGGACAUCCAGAGGAAAAACAGUGAAUCUUUCUGAAUAUAGACCAAACCACCAAACCUACAGAACUUCAUCCUAACUGGGAAACAAUGGAGACAGAAAAGAAGACUCAGACAACAGCGGAGCAGAUUACUGACAGGGAUCUGUCAGAACAAAUCAAAAAGGUGGCAAAGGGUCACGUCAGGGCAGAAAACACAGAGCUGAUGCUGAGCUUCCAGAGGGGACAAGUCACCCUGCAACAGUACAAGCUCCUCCUGUCCUCGCUGUAUGAGAUCUACCAGGUUUUGGAGGAAGAGCUGGACAGGAACUCCAACCACCCUGGCGUUGCACCCAUUUACUUCCCGGCUGAACUGGCCAGGCUGGAGGCCAUUGAGAAAGACCUGGAAUACUUCUAUGGCCAGGACUGGAGAGAGAAGAUUGUUGUCCCUGCAGCCACUAAAAGAUACUGCCACAGACUGAGACAAAUUGGUGCAGAAAACCCUGAAUUUCUAGUUGCCCAUGCUUACACUCGGUACCUGGGUGACCUGUCUGGAGGGCAAGUCCUGGGUCGAAUCGCCCAGAAGUCCAUGGGGCUGAAGAGCAGCGAGGGUCUGUCAUUCUUUGCCUUCCCUGGUGUGUCCAGCCCCAACCUGUUCAAACAGCUGUAUCGCAGCCGGAUGAACAGCGUGGAGCUGACGGAGGAGGAGAGGAACGGCGUGCUGGAGGAGGCUGUCAGAGCCUUUGAGUUUAACAUUCAGGUAUUUGAUGAUUUACAGAAGAUGCUGAAUGUCACUGAAAUACAGAAUUGUUCAACUAACUCCAAACCAGUGAAGAUGCCCCAGAUCCCCGGAAACAUGAUCAAAACUACCCCUCUGCUUCGGAUGGUCCUAGGACUUUUUGUGGCUCUUGCCACAGUUAGCAUGGGAAUCUAUGCUUUUUAGAGAAGACACACAGCAAGAAAUACUGUUUUUGCUGUUAAGGUUUAAAGGUCUUUUGUACUGUAAGACUAUUAAAAGGCUUUUAACAGUUUGUAAAUGACAAAAUAUGUAAAAUAUUUGUAAUUUAACUGAGAACCACAUUUCUAAUAUAUAUUCACGAAAGCUGAGUGUAUUGAUUUUUGAAUAUCACAAUGUUCUAAGACUGUCAUCCAGUGGGCAUUAAAAUGUGCAAUAUGUGUGCUGUUAAUAUUGUAAAUAUUACCUUUUAAUAAAACGUUUUGUUGA